AGAAGUCAAGCGCGCGCUAAUCGCAGACGCAGUCACCGAUCCCGUGUGCGAAAGCCGAAAGCCAAGAGCCAAAAGCUAUUGCGAAAGUAAUCAUUUUACAAAGUUCUUUGGCAACACUUUGUGAAAUAGUUCGGGCCGCGCAAUUUGUGUGUUGUGGUUUUUGCAGUUUUUAGUUUUCAGAUUUCGGUUGCCAGCGAUUUACCAACCGAGCUGCUGCUGGCCGCCUUCCGUUGCGGAUUUCGAGCUGUUUGCAAGUGUUCGAAAACCCGCUUGGCACCGCAUCAAAUGCACUAAGUCCCAAGCACUAAAAUUAUCCAGAUCAGAAGCAAAACCAAGACUUUAACCACCAACCAAUUGUACAAUCAAAAAUCAGCAAGGAACACGAACUACAAACCAAAGGAAUAGUAGGACUCCGCAGUCGGCGACAAACAGUAACCACUACUCAACAACACAAUGGCCUUAAUUAUGAAAUACAUCGACAGCAUAAGCAGAUACAUGGACUCACAUAGUGACUCGAGGACAAAGGGCUGGCCCAUGAUGUCGUCCCCAUUCCCCACACUGGCCGUUUGCCUCACAUAUGUCUAUCUGGUCAAGGUGCUGGGACCCCGAUUAAUGGAGAACCGAAAGCCUCUGAAUCUGCAAAACACUCUAGUCAUGUACAAUGCCAUACAGGUUGUAUUUAGCGCAUGGCUGUUUUAUGAGUGCUUGAUGGGCGGCUGGUGGGGCUCGUACAGCUUCCGGUGCCAGCCGGUGGACUACACAGAUAGUCCCACAUCCCGGAGAAUAGGCAUUUCCGGUUGGCUAACUGGACAUUAUAGCUUCCGAUGUCAGCCAGUCGACUAUAGUAAUAAUCCUAGAACGUUAAGGAUGGUUCAUGCCUGCUGGUGGUACUACUUCUCGAAGUUUACAGAAUUCAUGGAUACGAUUUUCUUCGUGUUGCGCAAGAAGUCGAGCCAAGUUACCACACUGCACGUCAUCCAUCACGGCUGCAUGCCCAUGUCGGUCUGGUUCGGCGUCAAGUUCACACCGGGUGGUCACAGCACCUUCUUCGGCCUGCUCAACACCUUCGUCCACAUCGUGAUGUACACCUACUACAUGUUCUCCGCCAUGGGUCCGCAGUACCAGAAAUACCUCUGGUGGAAGAAGUACCUGACCACUCUGCAGAUGGUCCAGUUCAUCUUGAUCAUGGUGCACGCCUUCCAGCUGCUCUUCAUCGAUUGCAACUACCCGAAGGCGUUCGUCUGGUGGAUUGGCAUGCAUGCCGUCAUGUUCUUCUUCCUGUUCAACGAGUUCUACAAGGCAGCCUACAGGAGCCGCAUGAUGAAAAAGAACGGAGCCCUGGCCAACGGACACGCCAAGCCCAAUGGCUACUGCAAGAGCAUCAACGCCCAUGACGAUCUGGCCAUGCCACAGACCACGGAGGCGACAGCGACAGCGACGCCCGCAUCCAAGGCCAACGGGAGCAGCACCCCGCCGAGCAAUGGACAUGCCAAUGGGGUGGAGAACGUCUACAAGCAGGUGGCCAACGGCAGCGCGCACAAGGGGUCCAACGGAGGACUGAGCAACGGGUAUGCCACCAAGCUGCUGGACGACGCCUCCCAGGAGCUGAAACAGCGGAAGACGCCGAAAUAAUAUCGGGGCAAGGAGGGGCGGCGCCAGCGCAGAGCUUAGAACACGGCGAGGGCCAGUAGCGCCAGGAGCUUCCUGAAAAGGAGCGGAGCUCCAAAAGUCAUUUCCAUAGGCACACACAACUUCAUUUAACUCACUACUACUACUUCACAUCGCAGACCAUCCACUUUCGAAAUUCCAAGCCGGGACCGACGUCCAUGGGUAGCUGGGGAAAUAUGCUAUGUAAGCGCGUGAAAACAUUGUUAAUCCUGACUGCCGAGGGCAUUGCGAGGCGGCUUCUCCCACAGACCCAAAUCCAUACACCUGAACAUAGAAAUAUGCGAAUGGUCGCUAGCAUACCCAAUGGGUGCACCGCACCCAUUGAGGCACAUGCAAAUGUAUAGGCAUUGCGAAUGCAUAUGCACCCAUUCUCUAGCCUACUUUUUAAAUACGUUUUGUUGCUUCUUUUUCUUUUUUAGUUGUACAAAGCUUACUUAUCAUAAGUAUCCCAGCGGAUUGUAUAAUACAAGAACAAAUAUCGCAAACCAAGAUUUUAACUAAUCGAAAACGCUAAUGGAAGCCCAGCAAAAUCAAUUUAAAAAUAAAACUAAUGCCAACGCACUUGGAUUGUGUGUGAGCAAAGCAUUCAACUAUUUAAGCCUAGAAUUUAAUUUAUAUGUGUAUAUUUGCAUACAUAUAUUAUUGAAGUAAUUGAAAACAGCAGCAGCAGCCUACGGCAAGUUUUGUAAAUGUAUAGAGCAAAAACAAGUGUAAUUUAAAAUUAGACACAAUAAUUAUUAAAAAUAAAAGUCAUUCAAAAUAGCCGACUAUUUACGUUAAUCAGAGAACCACAAACGCGAGUAUUCGACAAUUACGAUUGUGAAACUUCUAACAGUAUACAAAAUAAAAAGUAAUGUACGAAACUAUUAAGAAAUCACAGCCUAUCUAAUUACCCAUAAAAAGUUUCAUUAAUUUAUUACGAAUAAAUUAUGCCGCUAAGCUACAUAAAUCCGAAAACGCGAAAUGAACUUGCAUCUUUUGAUCUUAGAAAACGGUGUAUGCCCAACAACCACACAGCAACAUCAAAUACAGAUUAAAAACACAAAAGGGACUAACCAUAAGAUCGAUCCACUUCAAAGCGAGCAUUAAAUUAGUAAAUUGUUGCAAUCAAAAAACAAAAUAGACUGUAAGUCCCACACUCUAGGUAUGCAAUUGCAAUACGUUUUGUAUGCGUAAUAGCCAUUUUUGUGCAAACAUUACCUAUGUAAUUAAUAUUAUACAAAUACAAAAACAAAAAUAUGUAGAAAAUUAGGUGGAAAUGGAGUGGAGCAUUUUUUCAAUAAAAUCACUAAAAUU